AUUCUAACAAACCAGCGCCAUCUUCAAUUUUCGCGGGGUUUUCCGAGUUUUUCACUACGUUGUAGAGGUCGUAGCGGUGCCUCCCUUCACAAUCAAUACUUGCGCUGUGCAGCCCUCGCGAGCCAGACCUUGUCACCCUCUCACACGGAACGAUACCUGUGAAGACCAAAUAGGCACAUAAUGUCUUAAAAUGAAAAGUGUAUAUUCGGAAAAGUCGCGCGCGUUUUAGUGACUCAAGGUUGUGUGGAAACGUGAUAAUGCAUCUACAUUUUGAGAGGAAUGUCAAUGCUAAAUGCGAUUGCUCGAUUCUCUCGUUGUCGUGGAUGGGAAAGGUACCUGAUGAACUGCCAGAGGAGGAAGGCUGGAAGCUGAAUCGAAACAACUACUACCAAGAAGGGUGGCUGGCGACUGGCAAUGUGCGCGGCGUUGUGGGGGUAACAUUUACGUCAUCACAUGCGAGACGACCCCACGAGUUACCUUUGCGAACGAAUUACAAUCUACGAGGACAUAGAUCGGAUGUUAUACUGGUGAAAUGGAACGAACCCUAUCAAAAGUUGGCGUCAUGCGAUAGUUCCGGAGUUAUCUUUGUAUGGAUCAAGUAUGAAGGCCGGUGGAGUAUCGAGCUGAUCAAUGACAGGAGUACACCCGUCACCCACUUCUCUUGGUCACAUGAUGGCCGGAUGGCACUUAUCUGUUACCAGGAUGGUUUUGUCCUGGUGGGUUCCGUGGCGGGCCAGCGGUACUGGUCAUCCAUGUUAUCGUUGGAUGCAAGGAUCACUUGUGGAUGCUGGACACCUGAUGAUAGCCAGGUUUAUUUGGGCACCGCCUCUGCGCAGCUUGUCGUCAUGGAUGUUCAUGGAGCAAUGGUUUCGCAGGUGCAACUGGUCGCUGAAGGUGGGAUCACUUCCAUGGCGUGGUCUUGUGAGAAGUUUAAAAUGGAAGAAGGGGAGGAGACAACUGAAACUAACGGGGGUCAUGUUCUAGCUGUAGCUCUUGGUAGUGGAGACAUUGUUUUAAUGCGGGGACAUGAUGAUGUAAGCACUAUUCGGAUAGGCACAGGAUUAAGGGGCAAUACGCUGGCUAUGGAAUGGGCUAAUUCGAGAGAGCUGUUGGCCGUCGCUGGAACCCUGGUACCUGAAUGCGGCGAAGCAGAGGACACACCGCCUUUCAAAAAUAUUCUAAAGUUCUACUCAGACACAGGGACUCUUAUCUACACAGUGCCUAUACCAUACACACAGGCGCGAGUGACAUCGCUAACAUGGGGUCAUGCAGCGCGGCGUCUAUUCGUAAGUGCGGGGGGAGCGGUUUGCACCGCGCGGGUCUGGAGAGUUGUGGCACCGCUUCAACUCCUUGCAAGAGUUCGUGCCGCUGCAGCUUUGAGGCAUCCCAGACUGGCUGCAAAACUCCCAUUACCCCCGAGACUUCAACCCGCAUUGGCUAGCCUCUUCGCGCACACUAUUCGGUGUAACGUGCCAGAAACAAGUGAGUUACGUCGUUUUGUAUCACGGCCGCCAUCGGCUGGUGGUCGACUACAUUGCACUAUGUUGAGACAUGAUGAUGAAGAGGCUGGAGCAUACACUUUGUAUUUGGAACAUUUAGGCGGAUUGGUGCCUUUACUAAAAGGGCGACGAACAAGCAAGAUUAGACCGGAGUUUGUUAUUUUUGAUCCGCAAGCUGAAGAGGGUACCAUACCAGUAACUCGCGAAUCAAGUAGUAGUAGUGCGGGUAGUUCAUCAAGUGGUAGCGCGCCCUCCCCCCGCGCGCCUAACACGCCCCGCACUCGCCGUGCAAGACUCUCGCAAGAGGACUCUUGUUCGUCUGAUACCGAAAGGGAAGAGGCAGGUUGUUCGGGAUCACCACGCUUGCAGCGACGGCGUCGUGCACGUGAACGACGCAAAUCUCGGAAUUCAACUGAUAAAGACGAAACUCCAGAUGAACUUGCCUACAUCGAUUCAUUGCCAGAGGAUGUUCGAUUAGUGGAGGUUACAUCGAAUAUUUGGGGGACAAAGUUUAAAAUGCACGGCCUCGCUAAAAACGUUCCCGCAAAUCUAGGACAAGUCACUUACAAAACUUCUCUAUUACAUUUGCAGCCGCGGCAAAUGACUUUGACGAUUACGGAACUAAGGGAUGACUAUCCUGUUGGACCCGACCCUAAUUUCAACCCCAACAUAUUCUCCGAGGACGAGGAAGAUGUGUUUCAAUCUAGUGACAAUAAUUCACCUACCCAUUCGAAUAAUAAUAUAAGGAGAAAGUUCAACCCUUCAAUUCUUACCGAACGAACUGGAAACCCGACAAUAACGCAAGCGGAUUCGUCCAACAAUAACACGCCGAACCCGGCAAUAGCUAGGGCAGAAUCCUAUGAAGAAUUUCCUUUCAUUGAUACGAGUGAUGCUAUGAAUAAUGUACCAGAAAACAUUUAUGCAACGUCUAUAAGGCACGCGCCUCAAGCUACCGAAAGAAGAGUGAAUAACCCUACAACCUUGCCAAACAGACACGCUAUAUCUCCUCUAAGAUGUGAAAGUUCUGUCCCUACUCUACAGUCUCCCAAAAACGCGGUAGCUCCAACCGAUAUUAUUUUUGAAAGACCUUCCCCUCAGGCGGUUACAUGCGGCGGAAGAGGAGAUUUCUAUGGCGGUAGAACUGACUAUAGUGUCAGAGGUGACAGCGUAUCUCUUAAAGGAAAUUUGUCUAAUAAUGAACACCAAAGUUUUAAUUUAAACCUAAGCUUAGAACCUAGCAGACAAGUAACUAUUAAGAAAUGUGAUAACCACGUGACAGAUAAUUGUCUAUCUAAAAUACGGAAAAACAUUUGCAGUAGAGGCGAAUCGGCAUCGUUUGAAAUGAACACUAGAAUAUUAAAAUCGCUAUGUAAUAAGAAUUUUGAGCAUGAAGUCCAUCCAGAUGCGAUGUGUAAGAGAAAUGAGACUUUGAAGAAUUUGCAGAAAGGAGAAGAUCUGAAAUACAUUGACGAGGAGACGCCAGUGGAUACGACCAUUAAUAAUAUUACGGAAAAGCCAAGAGAAGAGAGAAGAGUUCAAAGGACCACCACAGUUGUUCCCAUUAGUCCUGUCUGUGCAAAUGUUCCAAUGUACGAUACUAUGACACGAAGUUGUAGUGUCGGCUACUUAGACUUAGUUGACCCACAAGUUCUCCAUGCUCAGGUUAGCCUAUCUGCCUUAAGAGGAGAACCGCCUCGCCGCCUCAUACUUGUUAACAACAAACGGCACAGAAGACCGAGAAGAUACUUUAAGAACGACAUGAAGGCUGUUGAAACAACAAAAAUGACUUUGAAAAAAUGCGGGAAAUCACGAAGCUUGGACUCCAGUGAGUUAUCAAUUACCGCCGAUAAGGGCAAGAAAAAGAGCGAUUUGAAUUCAAAGGUAGAGGAAUCGCAUUCGAGCCGGUGUAAUAGUGAAGACAAUAGCGGAACAAGUACGGAGGAAGGGAAGGGACGAAGGUCGCGAAGGGACUACCCGGUGUGCACAGUGUGUAGGCUCGUGUCUCCGUAUGAUAAGAGAGAUGUUGAAACGGAUACAUAUGUGUGCGUGGCGUGUAGUACGCGUGCUACGCCCGUUGCGCCGCCCGCUCCGCCACCGCUUACCGACAGUGACUCCGAUUACAGCAAGUAUUAUAGUUCCUUAGAACAAUUAGCGCUGCGACUUUUGGCGUCCCGCGGCGGGCGAAGCACCAGUUCAGGCGUGGUGCGUGAGAGCAGCUCCGCCCCUACUUCACCUCGCCCCGCGCGUGCCCCUGUGCCCGCUUCCGCUGCAUCGCCCGCUCCAAGGCAACGCAGACAUAGAUAUUCGUCUGCUUCUCCUAUAAGACAGCUUUUGAAUUCACCGUUACUAAAUCGCAGGCGGAACAAGAAACUAUCAGAGAGUUCUGACGACGAGGUACCAAACGGUUACAAUGAAAUCAACAGCAAGAACUUCAGAGAUUUAGAGAGUUUCCAAAAAGCACAAUUAAGAAAUAAGAUAAAGCGUGCAGGUGGCAACAUUCCCACAUCUACUGACCGCGGCGCACGUCGUCAGUUAGUGAUGCAUAAUAAGGCGCCAAUGUGGAAUGAGAAUAGCCAAGUGUACCAACUAGAUUUUGGUGGCAGAGUCACACAGGAAUCCGCUAAGAACUUCCAAAUUGAAUACCAUGGGAAACAGGUGAUGCAAUUUGGCCGUAUCGACGGCAACGCAUACACCCUAGACUUUCAAUAUCCGUUUUCCGCAUUACAAGCAUUCGCCGUUGCGCUCGCAAAUGUGACACAAAGACUCAAAUGAGCACUGGCCAUAACCUACAGCAAACGACUUCGGUCGUAUGGUUUCUACAACCGCUGUGGGGCUUAACACGACAACUGAUUCAUCAUGCUUAAAAUUGUUUUUAUACGUAAGAUUUAAAUGCGCAUCAAGAGCUAUUGCUAAUUGGUGUUUAUAAUAAGCGAUCUAUUUGUUUAACCUUAUUAUCUGGUAUUUUACAGAACGAUAUAUCUAACAUUUCUAAGGCGGCAUGUUCCAUCCUGGUUGCUUUAAAAAUAUGAAUUGGUUAUAUAUUAAUUCUUCCAGUACGUAAAAUCAAGAUUACAAAAUAUGUACGUAAAACACCCGAUAGCUUUAUUAACCCUCAAUAUAGACGGUUGAUGCCAUUUUAAUCUUUCGUGAACGGACUGAAAUAGUAAUAAAGUGCUGUAACAUAUUAAGUAUACACACCAAUUAAAUAACAUAUUUAAAUGUUAGCUUAAUUUGUAUAUAAACAGUUGUAUUUACCCUCAAACGUUUUAUUUUAGUUCUUGGAUACUGUGUAAAAUGAGACGUAUGUUAAAUAUUGUACUAUUCCAUUUUACGCAACUUCCACAUACCUACCAAUAUUUGUGUGUAGGUAAAUGUCAUAUUAUGCGUUAUAGCAAUUUAUGUUAAUUGUGCAAGAUUUACAUGUUAAUUAAUUAAUGUAGUUGAAGAUUAUGAAUUUUUCAGACAGCACGUUAAUUAGUUUUUUGUUAAUUUAGUCUGCCAUAUUGUUAUGGAGGGAAGGCGCGUGGGAACCGCUUUAUUAUUACAUUUUUUAUGUGGUUGUCGUGUGUAUACCCUUCGUGUUAGUAUCUAGUAAUAAUAUAUAGUUUCAAUCUAAAGAUCCCAUUACAAGAUUUCCGGCUAUUUAGGUCAAUUUAAUUCCUUUUAACUUACUGAAGUUCUUGAUUCAAUUUGUAAUUUGUACAUGAAAGGAUUAGUGUAACGAAGCCGGGAUGGACUUUUAUAAGACUAUCGAGAUAUUUUUACACGAUAAUAGCUAGUCCAAUAAAAUAAAAUUGUCUAUAGUUUACCUUAGUAUUAGAGUAGUUUGUUUUUGUUAAUAAGUCAGCGAUAUUUUUCUCUAUAUAAAGUUCUUUUUUAGUACUCAAGGCCUAGGACAUAUUAUUGAUUUUACUUAUUUUUCAUUUUUGGAGAAGUAAGGAGUACAAAUUUAUUAAUAACAAUUCCAUGUUCCGUUUCGUUACCAAAAGUUUAAUUAUGUAAAAUAUGUAUUCUCACCAUCUAUGGCAUGGACUAUGACAAUACUAAGAUUUAAAAGCACUAUAAACUCCGAAUAAUUUUACAUACAAAUAACAACAAUUAUUAUUGUAGCAGAUAUUUAAAUUACUUAUAUUAUGCGUAAACUAUUUUAAACCUACAUAGCAAACAGAAAAAACUUAUGUAUGUAUGUAUGCACUCCUACAGCGUAUAACGAAACAUGGUAUUUCAUACAUAACUGUCAACUUCGCACUUUAAAUAGAAACGAUUAUAGAUAUUUCUGAGUCUGACGGAAAGCAAAAACUAGUUUAAAAAUUUCAACUUAACAGACGAUAUUUUUUUUUAAAUCAACUGAACACUAGAAUAAUAUUUUCAGCACAUAUGUUAAAGUUCCCGCUAUGGAUUGUUAAAAAAAAAUUCCUAAUUGCUAAUUAUUUUAUUAUCUUUGAAUGUGCAAUGGUAAUUUUAUUAUGUUAAUAUUUAAAUGUUUUUAAUACAUAUCUCCUGUUAGUUACUUAGGUAUUCUAGGAAUGUUUAUUUCUUGUUCUGAAGACUGCACUUUGUAAAUAAAAUAAAUUUCU